CAAUUUUCCCUCCAGGUAAUGGUUUUUGAUUUUUUUUCAGAAGAGUAGACAAUGAGUAGUAAUGCCAUUACCAUAUUAAACUAUUACAGUAAAGUAGUGUGCAAGAAGAACAUUUGUCUUCUUGAUACCAUUGAUCCUACUAUUUUCUAUAUAUAAGUUAACCUCUUCACCUUCAUCUUCAUUCUAAGUUGUGAAAUCUAAAAUGGGUAGCGAAAGCCAUGACUCUGUUCACAUAAUCUUGUUCCCUUUCAUGGCUCACGGCCACAUGAUCCCAGUCUCCGACAUGGCCAAGGUCUUUGCUUCACAUGGCGUCAAGAUCACCAUAGUCACCACCCCUCAAAACGCCAUCAGAUUCGCCCAAACGACCCAAUCGAGGAAACCCUCUUCUGGGUUUGACAUACAUGUCAAGGCCAUCGAGUUCCCAAGUGAAGAGGCUGGUCUGCCGAAAGGUUUUGAGACUAUUGACUCAUUACCCCAGCCGGAAUUAGUCAACAAGUUCUUCAAAGCCACACGCUUGCUUCAAGCACCGUUCGAGGAGGUUCUCAGGGAGUUCAAACCGACUUGCCUUGUAGCUGACAUGUUCUUUCCUUGGGCUACUGAAGCCGCUGCGAAAUUCGGUAUUCCGAGGUUGGUUUUUCAUGGGACUAGCUUCUUUUCUCUAUGUGCUUUGGAGUGUGUGAGACUCUAUGAGCCUUACAAUACGGUUUCAGGUGAAACUGAUCCUUUUGUGAUCCCCGAUUUGCCUGGUGGGUUUGAAUUGACAAGAUCCCAGCUGCCUGAUUUUGUCAAGAACAAUGUUUUAAAUGACUUGACUCAGUUGCUGAAAGAGGCUAUGGAAUCGGAGUUGAAGAGCUAUGGAGUUGUUGUUAACAGUUUCUAUGAGCUCGAACCGGUUUAUGCAGAUUAUUACAGAAAUGGGUUGGGGAGAAAGGCAUGGCAUAUAGGCCCGGUUUCUCUAUGCAAUAAAGAGACAGAGGAGAAAGUACAGAGAGGAAAAGGAGCGUCAAUUGAUGAGCAUGAGUGUUUGAAAUGGCUUGAUUCAAAGAAACCAGAUUCAGUUGUGUAUGUCUGUUUUGGGAGUGUGGCCGAUUUCAAUACCACUCAGCUCAAGGAGAUUGCUAUGGCUCUAGAAGCUGCUGGGCAGGACUUCAUUUGGGUAGUGAGGAAAGGCAAAGAUGAGGUGGAUCAGGAUGAGUGGUUGCCUGAAGGAUUUGAAGAGAGGAUGGAAGGCAAGGGAUUGAUCAUCAGAGGUUGGGCUCCUCAGGUUUUGAUUAUUGAUCAUCCAAGUGUUGGUGGGUUUGUGACUCAUUGUGGGUGGAACUCCACAUUGGAAGGAAUUUCUGCAGGGCUUCCUAUGGUGACAUGGCCUCUGGCUGCUGAGCAAUUUUACAAUGAGAAAUUGGUGACCCAAUUGCUGAAGAUUGGAGUUGGGGUUGGGGCUCAGAAAUGGAUCAGGCUUUUUGGGGAUAGUGUGAAGAAGGAAGCUAUUGUGAAAGCUGUGAGUCAGAUCAUGGUGGGUGAAGAAGCAGAGGUAAGGAGAAGCAGAGCUAGGGAGCUUGGAAAGCAAGCAAGGAGGGCUGUUGAAGAAGGAGGAUCAUCAUACGAGGAUUUUAAUAAGCUAAUUGAAGAAUUGAAAUCCCACAGUUAGGAUAAAAAAGUCCAAGGACUUUUGCAGCAGUGUUUUUUUUUUUUUUUGGUACACUGGGAGCCAAAGGCCAAGAUAGAAAAGCAAAACUGCUAGUUAGAGAAUAAGUCAUUUUUUUUUACUCAGCUCAAUUUAUGACACGAAAAAAAAAACUUUUCAGGUCACUUGUUUUCCUAUGAGGAUUCUGGGAUGAGCAUAUAUGAUGCUUCAAUAAGGUUGCAAACACCGUGCAUCAGUUGAGAUUGAUAUUGAACUUAGAUUUUGAUAGGAGAUGAGACCAUUUGUUAGAGCUGGUUUCAUAUUUGCAUGAAGCAUGAAGAGUUGUGUCGUACAAAUUGCGGAGGAGAGAGGCACUGUAAUAAAAACAAGAUGGCAAAGUUACCAACUAGGAGUUUGACCCAAAAAAGGGUUUACCAACUAGGAGGGCCACAACAUCAUGAAACUAGAGCGGGCCACGAACAACCUUCACUAUGCCGAACUAUGUGUGUACUACUCGGAUUGAUGCUACUUCACUUGCCCAUUCGAACGGAGGCAAUAGACUAGCUGUGACGAAAUUAAA